AUGCUGGAUAAUACCGAGUCUGAAGAGGAAUUAGAGCAUGUCGAAUAUGGGUUUGCUAUUCCGGCAAAGGGAGCUUUCAAAAACUUUGCCAAACGGCAUAAUGAACUUGCAACUUUACUAAACCUCCCGCCCCAGGAUGAUUUUUUGCAACUUGUAUACAAGACAUUAAUAACGCUAUGCGACCCUUACACGCAGCCGGAGGAAACAGAAAAGUACAUUUUGAGUGUUGGAUGCAUCUCAGAUUUGCUAAUUUCAAUCCUGUAUUCUUCCUAUACGGAGCUGAUAUCGGAGGAGUUGGAGAUUGAUUCGAUCAAGUUUGCAAUAUCAACCACUUUUUUCUACAUUCUCCAAGCCGUGCACAAAGUAUUGAAUGCCGAUGAUGAAGUGAGUCUCAGGUUCGUUGAUAAUGGAGCCGACAAUUGGAAACAGCAUGUCAAGGGGUGGACACCAAGAGAGACCAACACCUUCAACUUGAACCUACUAUAUUCGAUGGCUUGCGUUUUGAUCAUGUCGAUCCAAAAACUCUUUACCCCGAAAACUGGAGACUAUAACCUUGCACUUAAUCCUUACUUACACUAUUUCUUGAAGCUUUGGAAAUGCCACACCAAUAUCAUCUUGUUGGGCCUUGAGAUUGAUCGAAGAAUCGAGUACCAAAAUGGCGAGAUGAAUGAGGAUGCGGAGACGCCUCCCAUUGUUAUUGCUACCUUGAAAGGAUCCAGCUCAAUAAGAUACGUCCUCGCUUGGAUGAUCAACCAGAAUCCGUCCCUGGCCACAGAGGGGGAACUUUCAGACGAAGAGAGUGGAGCUGUAGCUAUAGCUGAAGAUGAAGAUGAAAAUGAGGAUGGGCAAGAUUUGGAAAAUGAACCGAUUUUGAAUUUUAUCGAGCCUUUGGCAAGGAAAAAGACCAACGGAGGAGCAAUACUGGUUGACAUGAGAUUGAUUAUUGUUGGGUUGCUUGUGCUAUAUUCGGGGACAUCAUUCGUUAGCGAAUCUGAACAAGAUGGUGAUUCUAAAUGCAAGCUGAGAAGACGACUUAACCGGGCAAAGCCUUUGGCAGAGAUUGGAGAUCUACUAGUCGAUUUGGAGUACGACGACAGGUUUGACGAAGACAUUAAAUAUAUGUUGGAACUUGAUAUUGAUGAGGAUGAAUCUGACUGCGAAUGCACCUGCGCUUGUGAACAUGAGCAUGAACAUGAACAUGAAGAUCAACACAAACAAAAACAUCAGCACGACGGGGCUUCUACGUCUGACCAGAAAGAAGAAGAAGAAGAAGAUGAUGAUGAUAAUGAUGAUGAUGACGGAGAAAUUCUAGAAGUCAACGGCGCGACAGCAAACCCUGAUAUCCAAUUUGACGAGUUUGGACGUGAUUGGAGAGAUAUCCCACGAGGCGAAAAUGUGAAAUUUAAACACUCCUUCUUGGACAAGUUCCAUAAAUAUGAAAACUCACCAGAUAAAAAGGACUCCGAUGAUUUUUUCACAUCUUGGAAAGAGCUUCACGACGUGUUUGACUUUCUCUGCGUUACCAGCAUUGAAGGUAACUCAGAUGCCGAGCGAAUGCUAGGGCAGACAGCAAUCAAUACCAUCGCAAAAGCCGUCAAGGACUACAAGCACCUCGAAGAUAAAAAAGAAAAGAAAGGCAAAAAGAUUGUCGAUGUGAUUCCGGAGAUUAUCCACAUCUACUGGGCAACCCCUGCACCAGAAGAAUUUGUCAAGGCAGUCCAAGAAAACAACAACAAGUCCAUCAUUUCCAUCUUUGACAUUACCCAUUUUGAACUCAUGCUACACACAAACACGAACCUCGCCCGAGCGAUGAUGGAUGAGAUGCUAAUGUGUGAAGGCCACAGAAGAAUGCUUAUAUGGCACUUGACUCAUGAAAUAAAUCUUUCAAAUCUUCUUAUUGAUUAUGUUUUCCAGCUUGCCGCAGGACUCCGAGGUAACGGCAGUACAAACAGCCCCUAUGUGUUUUCACGACAAGGCGACAAAGUCAUUCUCAGCGACGUUGAGUUGCUGAUGUUGCUCCAUGAGUUCUAUACAAAUGCCGCAUUUUACUUGUCGGCGGACAAGGGGCUCGAAAUCGAUGGAGGGUACGAAGUUGUGUUGGCAGAGUCCAUAGCAAAGAAGUUGAUGUCUCUUCUUUGUCUCAUGAUUAAUCAGUUGAUCAAGCUCGGAAUCAUCAAGACCGAGGCGACCCUGGAUCACAUUUACGAUUAUAAUGCCGAAUUGCUGCUGCUUUUGAUCCGCUGGAUCGGUAAAGUGCCCGAUGCUAGAAUACUCUAUUUCAAAAUCAAGAGUGCAAAUUACGAGCAAUUGCAAGUUGAGACAGCAAAGGACUCCGAGGUGGCUGUAACUAUGGACGAUGAACGAGCCUUGUUUGCUAGCUUUCAAGAUUUGACGGCGGAAGAAAUCAGCGUUGACUUGGACUCAAACGUGCGACACAAGAACAUUUUAAACAAUUUUACAAAGCGAAUGGAGUUUAACCUAAUGGCAAUACUCAGCAAGGACAUGCCCGCAGACUUGAAAUCGAUACUGGAGGAUUUCCAUUUUUUCUUGGUCAAUUUCAACUUGUUUGGGAAAAUAGAACGAUUUGUCGAGAUUCUUUUCAGGCGAUUCGAGGCGGUGGUUAUCUCGGGUGACUUAAGAGAUGUGGAGACUAUUCUUGUUUCUGCCAAGGCUGCUAAAGUUGAAGAAUCAAAGGACGGUAAUGUGGCCAGUGAGGAUGAGGGUGAUGGUGAUGUGUUUACUUGUGAGUUUUUGAAUGGCAAAGGCAAGAUUGAAGAAAUCGUGGAGGAAACAAAACCAAAGCCAAGACUGAAAUUAAGAAAGACCAAAAUAAGCGAAUAG